CUCCGAGCUCUCGCGAGACUGGACGCCCGACUUGUGCGCCCGGGAAACCCCGUCGUUCCCUUUCCCCUGGCUGGCAGCGCGGAGGCCGCACGAUGCCUGGAGUUACUGUAAAAGACGUUAACCAGCAGGAGUUCGUCAGAGCUCUGGCAGCCUUCCUCAAAAAGUCCGGGAAGCUGAAAGUCCCCGAAUGGGUGGACACAGUCAAGCUGGCCAAGCAUAAAGAGCUUGCCCCCUAUGAUGAGAACUGGUUCUACACACGAGCUGCUUCCACAGCACGGCAUCUGUACCUCCGAGGUGGUGCUGGGGUUGGCUCCAUGACCAAGAUCUACGGAGGACGGCAGAGAAACGGUGUCAGGCCCAGCCACUUCAGCAGAGGCUCCAAGAGUGUGGCCCGCCGCGUCCUCCAAGCCCUAGAGGGGCUGAAAAUGGUGGAAAAGGACCAAGAUGGGGGCCGCAAGCUAACACCUCAGGGACAGAGAGAUCUGGACAGAAUUGCCGGACAGGUGGCAGCUGCCAACAAGAAGCAUUAGAACAAAGGAUGCUGGGUUAAUAAAUUGCCUCAUUCAUAA